AUGAUUCAAAAUAAAGAAAAAUUCAGAAGCAUCGUAGAAGAAAUAGGAUGCAUAAAAAAUACUUUCUUUCAAAAAGGCAGCAUAAGGAUAGUGCUAAUUCAAAUAAAAUAAAUUAUUUAUAAUGGAUUUAAACUUCAUUUUAUAAAGAAAUCUAAAUGCAUCAAGGUUUUAAUCUAUAAGAGAAUUAAAGCCAUUGAUAUAAACUUUACAAAAAUAAUUUACAUUCCAAAAAAUUGCAUGGCUCUUAGGCCAAUCUUAAUCCAGCACAGUUAAACCCACCUUAACAUUAUUUAAAUAAUUCACAUUUGA